AUGGAUAGGACGAGGGCUUCCUCCAGAGGGCGUGGGUGGUUUGCUUUUUUGCUUCCUACAGAGCUUGGAGCCAGCUUCCUACAGAGUGUCGUCCACACUGCCACGAAUCUCCACGUGUCACCCACCUUGCAUAUCCUUUCCGGCAAUGUUGAUCCCCAGCUCCUUAAUGCUAAAUUCACGACGAACAAGCUGAAAAUGCUGGCUACUCUCUCUGCAAUUUCAUCGAACCUUAUGAAAAGGACCAUCCCAAUUUGUUCAUUCAACUUGGCCGCGGCAAAAGCCCCGCCCUUUUUGCUGUCCUACAUUGCAAUCUCUCCCAAGAAGCCCGUGCGUCUCUCCGUUCACUCUCUAGCCGAUGAGCCUGUACGCAAGAGCCCCCCGGAGUUCCCCAAGGUGCCAAAUCAUCAACCCAGUGUCCCACCGGAAGUGCUACCAGUUCCUACCACUCCGGAGAUUGACCCGGGGAGUAUUCCGGCCGAAGUGAACACUAAUCCUCCACCGUACAGUCCUCCGGGGAUGAAACAAGGACCGGAGUUCCCGAGGACUUCUAUACCGCCACAUCCGGACCCGGGACCGGAACUCCCGAAGCCUACUAUACCGCCGCGUCCUGACCCAGAUGUACCGCUUCCGAAACCGGACGUAGUGCCGCCUUAUCCACCCGAUUACGUGCCACCGAAUCCCCCAGGGCCUGAUAUUGUGCCUCCGCCACUACCGACGCCGCCACCGGGUAUCAGUCCACCGACUGGGCCAUAUAUUUUGGAGGAAGUGCUUUGCCGGGGAGUGGGCUUUUGGUCAUGUUUUGAAUUUGAGCUUGCUGAUGUGGGUAGAUGGUGGCGAUAA